AGGAGGUAAAACAUUUAGUUUGAUUUUGGCUCAUCUAAAAGGUGGUCUAAAAAAGAAUUUUGUUGUUAAAGUAGUAGUAAGUUUAAAAAAAAUAGUCGGUUAGCUAAUUCUUCUAUUAAACUAACUGAAUUUAGAGUCGAUUUUGUUGAAGUGAUUUUAAAAAAAUUGUAUGGAAUGAUCCACUUAGGAAUAAACGCUUUUUAUAGUCGGUCCUAGGACAACACGAAAAGUUGUAAGUAACAUUGUUCAUAUUAAUUAUCAUUAUUGAAAAUUGUUAAUUAAUUUUUUGUUGGUAAUAGUACUUUAUUUUUAAAUUUUAACGUUUUUUAAGGCCGUUUUAUAAGGGUUUCAUUUUUUACUCAAAAAUCAAGUUUCACUGCGUGGAUUUAGUUGUGGGCUUUUAUUAAUCGAUUUGAACCAUUUUUCGUAUUAUUUUAUGUAUAUUUCAUUAAUUAUUUACCAUAAUAAAGCCAGAAAUGGAAUUUUGUUUUAAACGAACAACAAUGAUUAGAUGCUUUAAUACUUUCGAUCCAAUUAAAAUACACAAUUUUUUGAAAUAUUUUUAAACAAAUUUUAUUGUUGAAUAAUUAUUUUGAAAAGUUUUUUUAAAUAUUUAAUUUCAGUAAAUACCUAUUUGAUAAGCUAUAUAUUUUAUUCUGAAUGGACUAUUCUCAUUCAAGUCAACGAUAAUGAAAUUGCAUUUAUACAAAUUGAAAAAACAAAUGCAGAAGGAAAAUAUUAAAUACAUAAUAAUUUAUCCAGUGAGCAGAGUUCGUAGCGCGGGGUGUGGAAGCGACGCGACCUAAGCACGACCUACGUCUCUGUUGGUUGUCGAGGUCGGUGAUCGUUGAAAAAAACUCGGUGCGGAACUCCACGUGGAGGCGAAUGACUACGGUCGGUAACUCGUGUACGUUCAAUGGGGGAUUUGCGUAUGUCGACGAGGUCGUUCAAAACAAAUUCCUCGGUACUUCGCCUCGAUGCACCUUUCGCCUCGUGUCGCCAAUGCGACGUUGCCGACUCGGCUUAAAUAUACGUUGAUAUAGGGAAGUUUGAUUCGAUUUGGUGCAUUUUUAGUAUUGGUGUUCAGUAUGAAUGUUUGGGAAAAGAUUUUGUAUCAGAGGCGGGCCGUUAACGGGGGACGUUACGGUAAGAUACUUUUAAUAUUUUCGUUUUGGGUUGGUCAGGUAUUUUGAUCAAUUGCUUUUUGAGUUUAUUCAACUUGGGCUGUUGAACAUGUUUUCGAAAAAUAACCGUAUGGAAAAUAACAAAGCAGUUAUAAUAAAUAUUUUACGAGGAUUUCAAAGCGGGUACAAAUAUCUAAAUCUAUCAAUAAUAUUUUGAAUUCAAUUUAUUUAUAUAAUGUUAAUAUUUUUUUUUUUUUUAAUUAAUAUUAAUUGUAAUUAUUCUAUAUUUAAUAUUUUCGAAGGGUAAUUCAUGAAAAUAUAUUUUGUUCAUAUGUCUCCCAUUUUUUAUUAAUUUAAAAAAUGUUUUACCAAUUCAUAUAUACGAGGUAAUUAUUCUUAUUAGUUAUAAUUUCAUAUGUACAAUAAAUAAUGAAAAAAAUUUGAAUUCGUAUAUAAGUUUUUAUGGCUUUUUUCUUAUUUUUUUCAGCUUAAACAUGUUUAUAUAAGGUUUUAUAUAAAAGAAUCAAAAGAACGAAACUGAUUUGUCGAUAAAUAACUCAUACUACUGUCAAAAUAACAUAUUUAAAAUAUAAUUAUUUAUUCAAAACUUUUCUUCGAUCAAGAUAGAAAUAUCUAAAUAUAAUAAUUGUUGAUUCAUAUACCAGUCCAAACAACAAUCAAUGGUUGUGUCUUUUUAUACAAUUUUGAGUACAUCCUCAAUUAUAUUGGAAAUAGGUUUUUCAUAAAUUUUAUUUUUCAAUGCUGCCGAACUUAUGAUUCUAUUUACAGAGUUAAAAAUCUCCCUUUUUUUUUUCAGGAAGUGUGACAAAUAUUAUUGCCAUGAAAAACAUUAUUAAAGUUUCUUGUUUACUACGCUUAUCCUAAAGCAGCAAUUGCCAAACUAUUUUGGAUAAGAUACUCGUUUUGGUGCCUUAAAUCCCCAUAGCCAAAUUUUAAAAUUCUUUUUCUAGUUAUUUUACAUUGAUACAAUAUACUAUUGCAAAUUCCAAACGUUUUAUUCGUACUUGAAUAAACUUAAUUUUUUUAUAGAAAUUUGUCCAAAAUAAAUGGAUAUUAAAAUACCAAAUAUUUUGCGAUUUAUACUGUAAUUUUCCAAGAAUCAUUAACGAAAUUCAAGAUUGUUGGUCAAGGCCACACCUUUUGACAAAAAUAUCUAAUAAAAGGGAAAUAUUUUCAACAUAAAGUUUACAUAUCAAUGCAAACCUAACUCAGUUGAAUUAAUUGGGACCGAUAUCAAUUAUUAAGCUGUUGAAAAUAAUGAGACAUUCAAAGUUGCUGAGUUGAGUAUAUUUUUUGAUGUUGGAAUUACUAGUAUAGCUGGAAUAAAAUUCAUGUGCGAUUUUUUUAUCCGUACCUUUCUAUCUUCUUCUUGAUCUUUAUUCACUCCCAUUAUAUCCCCUUUGGCUCCGCUGCUCCUUUCAUAUUAUCAAUCCAUGUUUUUCCUGGUCUUCCUCUAUAUAAUUUUCACCUACUAUUUUCGAUUUCAAUGUUCUUUAUUUAAUCUAUUUUCGGGCAAUAUGUUUUCAAACCAUCUCAAUUGUGCUUCAAAUUAUAUCUUAUUUCUAACUGGUUUUACCUUUAGUAUUUCUGUAUAUGUUUCACUUAUUUUUCUAUCUAUUUUUGUUCUAUUUUCCUAAGGAAUCUUGUUUCUAUUGAUUUAAUGUAAAGCAUAAUAAGCCUCGCUAUUUUUUUCACGGUUUCCAUGUUUUUUGGUACUUUUUUUUCACCAAUUGAUUUUCUAAUUCAAUCAUUAAAUAGUUUAUCAACUUUUACCAACUUUUUCUUUAUUACCUGCCCAGAAAAAAUGUAAUAACAGUUCAAGUUGAACUGUUAAUAAUAAAUAUUGUUACCGAUACAUUUUCUGAUGAAAGGGAAAACUGCUUUUAUUCAUCAAUGGUAUGUUUAUAUGUAUUUAUCAUUUUGAACACAUUGUUAGCACUAACACUACACUAAUUGCAAUAUCCGUCGUGCAUUUCGAUAACUAAGUUUUCGACUUCAGAGAAUGAAGGUAAACAGUGUAAUUGUAGUGUAGAUAAUUUGAUUUUUAAUUUAUGAUGUUAUUAAUAUAAUGUCAAUUUCUCUUAUAAAGUACCAAAAGAUAAUAAAACUUAAUACUUAAUAAUAAUAAUACUUUAUACUACGAGUUAAUGUUACUUUAGUACGGUCCUGCAAAAAGAACUACAGUUUUAGUGCUUUUAGUGUUCAUUUGGGUUUGGUGACUUUUAAUUCCGAAUAUACUGUGUAAUAAUUGAAAUUUCUCGUUGUUAUUGGGAUUUAAUAAGUCAAUAAGUUCUAGAUUAUAUUCAGUAAAUUUUUAUUGAUUCCAAAAGAUGACACAAAAUAACGGUGAAUUAUUUGAUUUGUUGUUGAACUUUUCCUAUAAUUUCUCCAAUCCACUAUCUAUAUUCUCUAAUACAAGUUUCUUUAACAAGCCUUCUUAUUCUUAGAAACUGAUUUUUUUAAAAUCUAAUCUCAUCUAGACGUCUUAUGUUUUUUUCUUGUCAAAUAAAACUUUUCGUAGAUCUUAUGCGAAACAUCCACCAACUACAGCUUAUAAUAAAACAAUGUGAAAUAAAUUUCCUCUCACAACUUUGAUUCCAUGUUUUUUCCCUCUCAGAACAUAUUUUUACUUAGCAAAGAACCUGAAGUGCUAAAUUUGGUAAUUAAAGCAGAUCAAAACGAAACACGAACAGUUUUAAUUGGCACGGCCAAUUGUUAAGUUAAAAAACAAGUUUAUCCUAGUUUCUUAAAUAGUUUCUAGUGCUCCAAUAGCCAGUUCGAACGAUUAAGUUUGUACUUUAUUUUAUCUGUUUUUGUUGAAAGUUGAAAAAUCUCAAGUUUCUCGUGCCUAACUGAAUCAUAUUUCGAAAGCUUUUAUCACUUGUAAACUAUCUUUAAAGUCAGUACAUUACGUUCAAAGACAGAUUUUAUCAUGAGCUUUUUUCGCUUUUAAAACUAAGAGUUAAUGUAUUGGUCAGUGCAAAGAUUAAAGCGGCUGUAAUAAUGAAUUUAUUCACGGCAAUUUGGAUUCGAUUUGGAUUGAAGGUUGUUUUAUGUCAACAUUGUGAACCGAAUAAAAAGAUCCAUUAUUGUAAACUAAAAUUUAUAAAAAUCGUGCAGGAAAUUCACUCUGUAUAUAAACAUAAAAUACCGCAGAUAGGACCGCCUGUGAUUCUUGUACACAUGUCGAUGAAACUAGGUUGAAUCCAAAAAUAGGUAUCAAGAGACAGUAAAUAAAUAUUUCGUGGGUCAUUGUACCCCUACUAAGUCUUAUAAACAAGAUUGUAUACCUAUGACUAUUAGGCCUAUCAAUUUCCUAAAAUUAGAAAACGAUUAUUCUAUUUAUUUAUAAAAGUUUAAUAACAUUUCGUUGAAAAUACUUGAGAAAAAUAUUUACCCAUUUACAUAGCGAGCCAAUAAUUUUCUUUGAAGAUACAAUAUUUGUUAAAAUCUUUUUUGCAGUAUAUAAAUCAAUAAACAAUCAGUAUUUUUAAAUAAUUAUUUUCAUAACUUGAUACUUUUAACAAUUAUAUUCCAUGUUUAUUGUCAUCAUAUCAUUAAAACAAUUACUAUUUUUAUAUAUAAGUAUUGAAUAAUAAUAAUUAUAAUUUUCAAUCUCGUGCGUGAGUCUAUUUGUUUAUAAUAUGAUUUCAAUGUUAUGUGUACAUUUCCACGCGUUUUAUAUUUUAACAUAAUUCCGGAUAAAUAAACAAAACCGAUUCACACAGUAAACUUUCUCUUUUUUUGUCGGUCGCAUAGACAUUUCUGGUUUGUACCAGUUACGAAAUAAACUUUCUUUUAUUCCUUUAAACUGAGUCUGGAGAUGUUUUAGAACUUUUUAAAUAGAUAUCGCUUCAUAAAUACUUUUAUAAAAUCGAUUUUUAACAAAAUAAAAAUUAACGUAAUAGAGCCUAUUUAUUGCUUACUUUAAUGGAUGUCGUUAAGGCUAAGUCACAUGAAACGGCACCGCAUUUGUACCUCAUUACAGUCAUAAUGGCUUAUAAAGUAACUUGGAAUUUUAGUUACAAUAUCUAAAAAAAGUUGACCGUUUUUUGCUUUAUCGAUUCCGUCGACUCAAAUCGGGUCUUCAAAGCAGACCUUUUUUUAACCUUUCAAGGAAAUCUCAUCAGACCCUUUGACGCAAGAGCUUUUGGUCGGGAGUCAGAUUUUUUGGCACCAAUUUCGCACAUGACUUUUGUCAUGUAUAAUUCCUCGAGUAACCUCUAACCGUUUCUUUAUCGGCGUUUACAGCCUCGGCAAUUAUCCGGAUGCUCAUUCGACGAUCUGCACGAACAAUUUGGUUAAUUUUGGUCGCUGUUUCCGAAGUUGAAACAGUCACAGGGCGAACUUGUUCGUAAUAUUAAUAAUUGAAAUAUAGAUGAAUAAAUAAUGUAGAAUAAUUAACGAGGAAAGUAGACACCUCGUGAAUGAUCAAUAUUGUCACAGACAGUCGGUAUUGUCUCCGGUUUGUAACCGCUCUACUAGGUAAAAAUUUAUCGUCUAUUUACUAUAUAAACUGGAAAGGUUGAGCAACAAUUUCUCAAUGCAAUUGAAAAUGCACAGAAGACAUAAACAAAGAUUUUUACUGAAUAAUGAAAGCUCAAGCGUGGUAUAUUUAUUUGGUAUCAACUGAUCCUGUAUUACAACUUAAUCGAUGAAUCUAGCUGUAUAGAAGUCAAGAUAUUAGAUAUUAUUCUAAUGAUCCCUGCAAAAACCUCUUUCCUAGGAUUCCGCUACCAAAUUAUUUCAAUCUUGUCUACUGUUUUUCCACUUUAUCGUGCCUUGUCAGGUACCUCUGACGUUGGCAACCACAAUAGCAAACUGAUCCCUAUUUUCAGCCCCUCUAAACAAUUGUUCGAUGUUAUGUAUGCCUGACCAUUCCCGGAUGUUUUUCAACCAGGAGAUUUGUUUUUUUUUCCUAUGCAUCUGAGGAAAUUAUCGAGUUUUUGGCACUUAACUGUUUAUGAACUGCAUUCGUCCUAUUUGAGACUUCUUCUUUUCCUUGCAUGAUAUUCUUAGUAUUCGACUGUUUAACCAAAUUCAAAUGCUUCCAUACGGUUUAUUAUGGCGGUCUUCAGUGUCCAGACUUCUGCUUCGUACAACAGCACAGAUAGAAUAUAAAAUUAAUCAUUCUUUGUGUCAGUUUUAGCUUCAGACUAUCGUUACAAAACAGUGAACUGAUCUUCUGGAAAGUUGCACAGGUCGAUUCGUUCCUGCAUUUAAUGUCAAUGUAUUAAUUUCUUUAUUCCAUCUAAGGGUUUUCCUUUCUUAUUCUCUAUGCUCUUUCUUUUCGAUUUACGUUUAUUUAUCUUGAUUUUACAUUUUGCUUGCAUCAUUUUUCUUGUGAGUCUGUCUGUUUUCAUUCAGUGAAUGUAUCUAUAUCAAUUCAACUUUUUUUUUAUUAUUUUUUCUUGUUUUUUAUUUGUUAUAUCUCUUCCACCUUCAUAUUAAUUGCAUCGUUCUUUUGUAAUAUCCAAUUUUCAUUUUCCUAUGCUAUUUUUGGUAUUUAUUGUAUUGUGCAACUUAAUUUUCGCUUCGAUCUAUACCUACGGACUUGUUUAGUAUGUAGUUUAUUUUAUUUCGUUAUUACUGCUUCUAUUAUCCAGUCCUCUGUCUUAUGUUUACAAAUUUAUGAUAUUUUCUAACAAAGUCUCUUAUUUUGGUGCGUUUGACAACACUGUGUGAUAUAAAAUAUCCUAACAGGAUAAAUAUAUACGUUUUGCCUGCCGUAAAGUAUCAAAACAAGUCAACAUAUAUAUAAAAGCUAAAAUGAAGCGAAAAUCUAUUUAUAGCAUUUCUUAAUAAUUUGCAGUGGUUGAAAUUAAAUCGGACGCUUGACCUUAGCCAAUUUUCUUUUAGAAUUACGUCAUUUAAUUUUCGUGUGGUGAAAAUAACAUUUUGAUUUCUAUUUGUUCGAUUUUUAUAACUGUUUAUGGAUCAUUGAAUAAAAACAAUUAAUUAUUCUUCAAUUGAACAAUAUAAUCUUCCGUAUAGAGUGUGUUAACCUCUUGUAGAAUGUAUAGAAUACAGUGUUUAUUCUACAACUGUACCAAAACUGACGAUUACACUGUCUGACGCGCGUUUCUAUAACCAAGUUAUCAUCUUCAGAGACUCAAGUUUACCUACGGGUCUGAAGACGAUAACAGUGUAAUUGUGUAGUGGUAGUAUGAAUUUUAACAUUUCCAGGAAUGCCAACUCAAUCAUCAUUAAUGUAAAAGACGAAUUUUAUUUAUUUAACUGACGUAUAAACAUUAUUGUGGAGUUAUUUUUAAAAAUAUCAAAAACGUCAAAUUUUUAAAUUGAAAUCACUAAAUUUUCUAUUUAUUUCUUGGUAAACAAAUUAAAAUAUUUAUUAAUUGAACAAAUAAAAUUAUAACUACAAUUAAUUUUGUAUUAGAUUUAUUGCUAAAAAAAUUUGAGAGUUUGACGUAAACAAACUAUUUAGUUAUUUUUACUUAUUUGCAUACAAUUAUUGUGGAUAUUCGCCACCGUUUUCGUUUGCUCUUAAAAAAAAACAGGUUUUCACUAAUAAUUUAUACAAGAUUGGAUAAACAACACUAAUUUCAUAUUGCCAUAUAUUUAUAUAACUUACAAGGUGUGAGUGUGAAAACACCACAUUAAAAUUUAAAAAUCCGAGGAUGGUUCCACAAGGACCUGACCUGACCUAGAGAUGGCGGUAGUAUUAGAAAGUACAUAAUGUAUGUGAUGUAAUACUCAUUUAAAAGGAUUUAGCCUAACCAAUAUAAAAAAGGGUUUAAAACGAGGUCGUACGACCAACAUCGCAGCCGUCGACAAAAUGAGGUGACGACUCCAUAAAUGUUCUACAAAGCUGUACUGGAUGAUCGUCAACUGAAAGCGCGGCAGCUAGCAGACCUAGUAGGCAUUUUAAAAAGUUCGGUUCAUCGCAUAUUAACUGAAAAGUACCGCGUUUGCUCACAAUAGAACAAAAAGCGUCGUGAAGAUGUUUCUAUCGAGUGUUUGGCAAUGUUUCACAGAAAUAAACCCGAAUUUUUACGCCGUUUCAUAACCAUGGAUUAAACGUAGGUCCAUCACUUCAUACCUGAAACAACAGAACAAUGAAAACAAUGAACUGAAACGGGAGAAUCGGCUCUACUGGUGGCAAGAAUCGUUCAUCUACAGGCAAGUUAAUGGCGUCGGUUUUUUUGAGAUAAUUUUCAUUGACUAUCUCGAAAAAGGAAAAACUUUCAGCGGCGAGUAUUAUGAGCGAAGAAAUUAAGCAAAAAAGGCCGCAUUUGAAUGAGAAGAAACUAUUGUUUCAUUAAUGGAAAUGGCCAAAAUUCAUAAAUUUAAGUUUAAAUUGCUACCUCGUGCACCCUAUUCGCCUGAUUCAGCCCCCUCUGACUAUUUUCUAUUCCCCCCCCCCUUGGAGCUUGACGAUUUUUAUAAAAAGGGUAUCGAACUUACAGAACAUCGCUGGGACAACUGUAUGGAGCUAAAAGGACAUUAGGUACUUUUGGGAGCAUCCUUGUAUGUAAAGCCAUACAAAAUUUAUUUUAAGUGGUACAAUUUGUAGACUAUAUUGAAAUAUUAUAGUUUGACUUUAUUACAUUUUUCUUUAUUUUGAUCCGUUGUUUGAUUUUGAUUGAAUCUGCAGUCUCGCGACAUAAAUUUGAUUUGGAUUUUUUGGUAAUUAAACACCUUCAACCCUUUUCAAAUUUACUUAAAAUAGAUGUAAUUUUUGUUUUUAAUAUUCUUUACUGAUUAAAGUAAAUACUUUAGCCAUAAUAAUUAAUUAACUAUAAUUUCCACGUGAUAACGAAUAUUUUUUGGAAAAAUUCAUACUCUAAAGGCACAUAUUGAAUCUUUUUUUUAUAUGUGACACUCAAUAUAUAUCAUUUUUGUAUCAUAACAUGUUUAUGAUUCAUUUUACUCACAUACAUUUUUUUUAUCACUAAGUUUAAUUAAUUUUCUUCUAACUACGAAAAAAAUCUUUCACAUUUUUGUAUCCGUCGUUCGAAAUAUUCUCGGCUCGUUAUUAUUAAAUUUAAUUUCUAGUAAACAACAAUCAUAUCAAUCCUGAUUUUUUUCCAAAUAUUUUUUAUCGCAAAAGUGAAAUCAGUUUAUACUUCAAUCAACAAGUAGAGGUAAAUAUCAAUGCAGAUUUUCAACAAUGUAAAAGACGGAUUUAAUCCAUUUAACCGACGCGACGUUAUGAAUUAAUUCAUUUAAUUGACGUAAUGAAAAGAAUGUUUUAAAAUUAGCAAAUUGAAAACUUGUGCCUGGAGCUUUCUACAAACAUAUUUUCUUCUAAAUCUAGACUAUAUUUUAUAAACAAGCGAUUUUAGAUGCACUGAAAACAAAAGAAUUAUAGAGAUGCAGAGUAGAACGAUCUUGGUCUUGGUGGUCAUUUCUUUAUUUUAUUGAAAGAGAGAUUUUCCAAACUAGUUGUUCCUAAGGUGUCUAUUAUUUCUUGAAGCAAAUUUAAGUAGAGCUCAUUAGCUAAAUUAUUUGUAAAGUUUUUCGUCUUGAAUUUUAGUUCCAUUUUAUUUUAGAAAAUUUUACUUAUGAAUCGAGUUUAUAACCCCCUCAUAUCUAAAGCAUUUUCAUUUCUGAAGCAUAUUUGUACAAAUUGUAAAAUUUUAAUGGUAAUAAGAUGCAGACCUAUUCAAUUUGAAUUUAUGACUCAUCCGCUUAGGGCCUUCUUUAAUCCCUUACUGGAAAAUCUUCGUUUGCAAUCAUAUUUAUUUAAUAGCUUCAUUACCUUGGUUUUUAUUAGGUAAAUAAAUAUUUUAGAAGAUGGUCAUUCGAACUAACUUAUUUUUCUAUUCACCACUUUUCUCAUUCUAAAGUAAUCAUAACGCAAAAAUAGUAAAUUUCAAAAAGGACUCAGUCUUUAUCAACCAUUAAAGCUAGUGACCACGUGUACGUUUUUGGGUUGUAUAAAAAAGAAAUGUACUUAUCCUGAAUUUCAGUUAUAAGGGUUUACAAAAUUUAUUUUUUAAGAACGACUGUUUUUUUUUUUGUUAUUUCGUAUGAUUUCAUUAGUUAGUGCCGCUGUUUCUUGUGUCCACUUUCUAUAUCGCACUGAUUAUCGCUUUCUAAUAUUUCCUUACUUCUCAUUUUUUCAGUGUUUUUUCUUCGUAACUGCAUUUUGAUGUUGUACUUUUCGUUGCAAAGUGUUGGCGAUCUUGUUAUCUUCUAAACAACGUAUUGUAUCUGUUUAACCUUUUAUUUGCUACCAUCGAUGUCUGUAAAAAUAAGUCUAUUGUUUCUGUUAUUUUUGAUGAUACCAUACCUGGUCUGUUUUUAUAUUGUAGUUUAGUGUUUAUGUUUUGGAGUCACUGUUGUUUACUAGUCUUAAUACAUAUUGUAUUUAUUUCACUUUAAAAUUUCUGAUAUCAAGAUAAAUUUCAAGUGUUUGGUAAUACCUAGACUUUUCGUAAUUACACUGGCGAGCAAAAAAUUGAGGUCACCUUAAAAUUUUCUUUGAAAUUUUACGUUUUCAGAUAGUAUUCACAAACUGUACAUCAUUUCAUGUGCUUUUGUAAGCUGAAUGUGAUAUUCUAUACUAAAAAAAAUGCAUUUUUUUCUUGGAUUUCUUGAUUUAUUCUGAAAAAGCAACAACAACAACAAAACGAACGAACAAAAUCAAAAAACUUGACACUAAUAGUGUAUUCCCUCCUCUUGCAUUGAUUGAUUGCUUGAAGUCGGCGCGGCAUACUUUGAAUUAAGUUGCGGAUCACAUUCUGGGCGAUGUUAUCUCAUUCCUGCAACAGCAAUCUUCUCAGCUCCAAGGCAGUUCUUGGUGCUGGUGUGUGUCUGCGGACCAGUCGUCCCAACUCGUCCCAGACAUGUUCUACCUCAUCCAGAUAUUCCCUGAAAAUUCUGGCUGUAUGUGGUCUAUCAUUAUCUUUCAUAAAAAUGCCACGUUCCCUCAUAGUUAUCAUGAAAGGGAUAACAUGGUUUUCUAGCACUUCCGUAAUGUACCUGUGAGAGGUUAGGAAGCCAUUUUCUAUGAAAACCAACUCUGUACGAGCUUGUGCAGUGAUUCCCGCCCAAACCAUAACUGACCCACCGCCAAAUGGAAGACGAUCGUCAAUGCAAACUUCAGCAUAUCUUGCUCACACUCGUCGACGUCCAUCUGACCCAGUGAGGUAAAAACGCGACUCAUCUGAGAACAAUACCUAGCUCCAGUAAUCAUCAUUCCAACGAACAUGAUUUCUGGCAAAUGUCAAUCUUUCAGUCCGAUGAUGGCGUUGCAACGGGGGACCUGUAGCCUUUCUUCUGCAUGACAGUCCAGCAGCAUGAAGUCUUCUUCUAACGGUCCAUUCACUAACGUUGACAUUUCUCACUUCUUUUAACUGAUUUCGCAGUGAAACCGCAGUAGCUGUCCUAUGCCACAAACUUGUGGACACCAAAAAAACGGUAAUCUUGUUGAGUGGUAACUCUUUUUCGCCCAGACCCUGGUCUUCUAGUAAUCAAGCCAGUCUCCAGAAAGUGUUGGUGCACCCUUUGUACACCACAAAGACUAGCACCAACAAUUCAUGCAGUUUUACGUUGGCCCCGACAAUCUUGUAACAGCGCAACAAUUCUUGCCAUAACAAUCAGAUCUAAAUGCAUUAUGGGCCUGUUAAAUCACAACACUUUGCAAUCGUUAGGUUUUACACAAAGAAUCAACAGUAAACUGGAAAACAGGCAGGGGAAAUGUGAAUGUUCAAUUAGCGCAAAGGCGCAUUUUUCAUCAAAGUCGUACUCUAAUACAUCGAAUAACAGCUAAUGAUAGCUGUCAACUAUCGACCUAAAUUUGCUUUAACGCCUUCUAAUCCUUAUCAAUAUUGACGCUAAAAUUAUUCGUAAUUUCUGAAGUGACCUCAAUUUUUAUAUCGCCAUUAUUGUUAAUUAGUUUGGAUUUGUUUCAGUUGUAUUUUAGUUUAAGUAGUUAAAAUUUUUCUUAGGUCAAUUAUUUCAAACGGCAAAAUUUUAUGUUAUGUAGUCCUUUGGGAAGUUUCUGAAUGCAUGCAUCGAUAUAAAGAUGGUAUCUUCCUGUAUUUAGCUUGAAAUGUUCAUUACCGCAAAUAAAAGAAGAAAAAUUAUAAAAGAGUUAACAACAGAGUAACGAAAAGUUUCUCAUAAAUGUGAUUAUAGUCAUAGUUUCCUAACCUAACCAUUGUUAAAUUAUAAAACUUCUUUUUCUAUCAAAUUUUGUUCAAUAUUAUAUACAAUUUUUGCUCAUUUUGAAAAAUCUUAGAUGUUGUUGAUGGUAUUUUGUUUUGUCUUAAUGAUAAUAAUUUUCAAGUUUAUAAGCUUGCUCAUCUCUAGGGCUCACUUCAGCGGAUCAAAUUUUCUUGCGCGCUCGUCGAACGAUCUUUCGGAUUCGACACAGAUAGUCUGCGCUAGAUACACGAAAUGUUUUCCUGUAUAUGCCUGUGCGCUCGAUGCACGUGCGCUUCUCGCACCCCACCGAAGUUUUUUAUAAUAUUUUUAUAUCGGUUUGCGAAUCUAAUUGAUCUAUAUUUACAUAUAGUUUUAUUUAGGAAAUGCUUUCGUGUGAUUCUCCCUUGUUCUUAGUUUUAUUUCGGAAAUUUUUUCAUGAGUUUUUCCCCUGCUCUUGCAUGUUUGUUCGUUCAUAGAAUUUAUUUAUUAUUUCAUUCGUUUCUUCACUUUACUUCGUUUUUUGUUUGUUUGUCAGUGAAUCCGUUUGAUUUAAUUUUCGAGAUAUUUAGAAAUCCUCUUAAAUACAUAAAUACUUGAUAUUAAACUAGGAGGCUAUGACCAGAAUUAUACUAUUUAAUGAUUCAGAAUCAUCAAAUAUAAGUAUUAUCUAAUUUAAUUUAUUUAACUGACGUAGUGAAUGAAAAGAAUUUAUUUUCAUGUAUUGUUUUUUAUUUCGCUUUUUUUUCUGUUCUGUAAACUAAGAAUAACGGCUUUGAAAACAUCUUUAGUAUUCGCAUUUGACUUCCUCAACGUUUAGAGCUUUUAAGUACAGAUUGUUCUAGGGGUCAUACACCUCAUUUAAAUGUGCGAUAACAUUAAUUAUUCAAAUUUAGAAAAAAACAUAAAUAUUUGUUCGUGUCCUAUAAAGGUUUUUAGAUCGCAUAAAAAUAUUUGACAAACACAGUAUAUUUUUAAAAAUACACCAAAUUUCGAUAAGCAGCGCUUUCCACAGCAGCAAAUUGACCGAUAAAUUCGUUAUCACAUAAUUUGUGAAAAGUUUAUUGACCUAGGUAUUUUUAAGGUGAGAUAUAUUUAAAAAAACAGAUUAGUGAUAAACCCACGUUUUCAAAUUAACAUUUAAUAACACGAACCAAUGAAUAUUUUGUUAGAAAUCAUCAAUUUGAAUAAAUUAGUGCAUUAUCGUAUCGAGAAUAUGUUAAGAAAAAGUCAAAAUAGUCAUAAUGUUGAAAAGGGAAGUUAUUCCAUUGAAACUUUUGAUGAAAGAGCAAUACCCAUGAGAAAAGCAGAUAUAUUAGAAGUGAGAAUAGAGAUAAAAGACUAGUAAAAUUCUGAGGAUCUAAAUUGAAGAAAAGGGUGAAACCACGCUUGCAAUCUUGGAUAAAAAGGUACCAUAACGAUGUUGGGUUAUCACCUCACACCAUUUCUAUCCAAACUUGUGAACUACUGCAAUGUAGUGCAGGAUGAUGUUCUGCACACGGUUUUCUACUGUGUAAAGCUAGGAAUUGAAGUUGCACAUCGGCGAACUGUCAGCAGACACUAUCGUGGUGAAGAUAUCAAUUGAGGACAAUCACUGGAAUCUGCUUACUCAAUAUAUUCGAGGAGUUAUGUGUACCAAAGAGGGAACUCAACCGAAGUAAUUUAUUAAACAGUUCCAGGUUGUUGUUCGGAAGAAGAGGCGGAUUUUUCAGUUUUUUUUCGGGAAUUAAUGACUUCCGAAUCCAACACUCUGUACUUAAAUGCAAUUCCUCCACCGGAAAAAAAUUACUCUAAUAAAAUUUUAUGUGAUAUGUGCCAAUAGGGAACAUGUCAUGUUUUAUAUGUGCCGUUUUUAAGUAUAAUUAAAGGUAUGUUAGCACCAAUAGUUAUGCCUGAAUGUAAUUGGUUGUCAUACGGUAUGAAUAUUUCUUCGAUGUCCUGUAAUUGGUUAAUUUUUUGUUGAUACAUUUGUCUGAUGUUGUAUAGUUGCAGUUUUUCUACAAUUUCUAAUGGUUUCGUCAUCUAUUUUACAAAUUCUGCAUUUAUUAUAAUAACCCAUAAAAUUAGUACAACUGACUUAUACACCAGUGACCUUCGCGAAGAAGCAGCAAACAACUUACAGACGUUAAUAAAUAAAAUUAAUUAUUGGAGGAUAAGUUUAAACAAGAAGAAAUUGUAUAUGUAAAUUUUUCAAAUAAAAAGGGUCAACACUAGACGCGAAGUUACGUUGGAAACCUCACAUAAAAAAGAAACAAGAAGAAUUAGGUAUAAGAUACGAAAAAAUGUAUUGCUUGCUGGGAAGACAAUCAACUUGGUGAAUUUAUAAUGAACUACUUGUAUAUGAACAAAUCCUGAAACAGGUAUGGAUUCAACUAUGAGGAAAGCAACACCCAAAUAAUCCAAAGAUUUUAAAAUAAAGUGCUAAGGAGCAUCGUUGAUGCACCCUGGUACUUUCGAAAUAGCGAUAUUCCUCGGGACCUGGAGAUAAACACAAUAAGGCAGGUGUCCACUAAAUUCGCAAAGAGUCACGAACAUCGGUUCUUGAAACAUGUGAACAUCGAGGUAAUCCAGCUCCUCGACAACACCAGCCUAGAGAGAAGACUGAAGAGGACGAAGUCUUUUGUUAGUUAUCUAAGUGCUUGGUGUAAAAGCAGAGCAAAGUGCCGAAUUUUAAAUAUUAAUGUAGACAAUAAUAAUUGAAGGAGCUUCUACUGAGGAAGAUCCUUAGUUUACAGACACUUAUAGUAAUUUAGUAUAGAACAAAAUUGUUCAUUGAUCGUGAUAAUGAUCAGAUGUUUGUUGGCGUUUCGUAUUUAGUUGUUGUUUUUUGGAUUUUGCUUGGUCUUAUAUAGUGAUUAUUUUGUUCUUUAACGAUGUAGAGUUUGUUCCACAAUUUGGUUGUUCUUGUUAUCUAAAUAUUAAUACAUCAUUAGUGUACCUGAUUUUUCAUAUUUUCAUAGUCCCACUUAUUAAGAUAAUUAACUGAAAUAUACAAUUCAUACCCGCCCAGUAAAAAUAGUCUAAUAUUUUAUUAUUACAUUGUAUUAUUAUUUAAUGUAUGUUGAAAACGGUUUACGGGGGCUUAAUCUCAUAACUAACUGAAUAUUUCUUUGCAUCAUGAUGUAUUAUAUAAGGCAUAUUGAACGAGAAUGACAAUUAUGAUUAAUUUCAACAGUUUCAUCACAUUUCUUAAUAAGUUUUCCGUGGAUUUUUUCUCGUAAUGUCAUUGGAAUUUUCAUUAUAAAAUAGUUAACUCACUAAACUAAAACGCAACAAAAUUACUGACUGACAUUCAACACUUUUAUCAAAAUAUUGUGUGUCGUCGAUGUGGCGUCAUACUAACAACUUUUUCUCAUAAAUUUUGGUACAUAAAUUUUAAAUUUGAAUUGAUAAAUGUGACAAUCUGUAUAUUUAAAAGGAAUACAUAUCAAAUGUUUAAAAUGCACAAUGGCUUUCGUUAUGUUGUAACCUGUUUUUAGUUGGAUUAUACCAUUAAAAAGGCCAACGCAUCCGAAAAAGAGUGAAUACCUCUUUUUUUUUUUCGGUGGCAUUCACCUCUAAACCCAAACACAAAGAAGUGAAUACCCUCAUCGGAUCUAACUUGUCCAAGAUAUGUCAUCUACCAGUGAGAGUUCUUCUACUGAAAGUGCAACGACUCCAAAUAUUCUACUUCCCCGUUUUCUUUUUCUUUUUCGGCAGGGCUCAGUUCGUUGACCUGCCCAAAAUCCUGUGCGUGUAACCCCUCUCGCCCUACACCCCGCCUACGUCAUGCACACGCAUUGGGCGGGGUUUGAACUCACGCACUCCGGUUUGUCAUUUUUAGUAGAUGCAUUUACGCGUUUAACGCAUCUUACGCAGUGUGUUUUAGUGUCUUGCUGUUGCUCCCUUGAACUGGUCGUUGAAAUUUAUUGUUGUAGUGAUUUGGUUAUUGGGCAAGUAUGGGUAGUGAAAAGUUGUCGGAGGCCCAAGAGGCUUUUAUCAAAAAUUUACUCAUCAGGUGUAAAAAUGAAAACGAAAACGGUACGUCACUUUAUUUCAAUCCAAUGAGUUUCAUCACGAAAUAAAUAUAUUAUUUCAAUAGAAAAAAUAAUUGAAUUGUUUGAAUUUUAUUAAUAAUAAAUUAUAUUUCGAUGCAAUUUGUAUAAAUAGGUAUUAAAAGGCAUUUCAUUUUUUUAUUUACGUAUUUAACAAAACAUUUCUCAGAAUCGACAUCAUAUUUAUUAAAUUGAAUAAAGUAAGUCUUCUUCUUAAUUGAGGAAUAAUACAACCAGUGUACAGAUACUUUAUGUAAUAUCAAAUUAACAAAAUCUUGUUUCUCAGUGUAAAAGCGUGCACCUUCGCAAAUUUAGUUGUUUCUUCAAAUCCAAAAUUAAAAAUUUAGACCCGUUGAUAGAUUUUAUAGAAAUUAGAGAGGUGUCACUGCCCUUAUAAUUCAAAUUUUUAUGGCGCUAACUGUUUUGAGUAGAGGGGUGACAUUCCGUACACAAGUGUAAGAAUAAAUAUACCUUAGAAUCAAUUUUAUUGUAUUUCACGUUCUUUUAGAAAGUCAUUACCUCUGAAUUUGUUAAAUACUUUUCGUUGGGAGACCGUGUAAAAUUAGGUCGAGGCGUGAUUUAAUUGAAUAGACGAAAGAUCAAGAUUCAGUUCUAAAAAGUGAGAGCAAAUAAAAAUAUGAGCAAGCCAGCUAAUGUUUCCCAACAAGGGAUAAAAUUUAUUAAAAGCAGAAGAUUGUUUCCUUGUAUUGUACAACUCGUCUUUUUCAUCUUUGAUUUACAUUGUUGUCAUCAUCUUGUUUUCAUUUUUUAUCAGCUAUGGUGAGCCCAAUUACGUUUACAGUACGCUCACAUUAUUAAAUCAUCAGGACUUGUAGAUCGAUCUAGAUUAGUUAAUACACUUUCUAAACUAUUUUUAUUAUUCUUCUCCAUUCUCUCAUAUUUCUCGUUUUCUCUUUCUAAUUACCUUCAAUUAAGGUUUCCAAAGCUUUCUUUUGCCUUCUCCAUCUCCAACGUUUUUCUUAAUUGAAGUUCUAUUUAGUAUCAUCUUCGACAUUUUCUCUCCAAACAUUGUAGGUCUCCUAAAAAUAUCAGUUUUCGUGUUCUCCAAAAACAAAUUGUUAUAUUUUUUUUUUCUAUCCUUUUUCGAAUAGUUUAAUUUGUAGUUUCAUCCAUUCAAUUAAGUACCCAUGUUCCACAAACAUCCAUCAGCUUGACACACAUGAAACACUUACAAACGAAUAAGUUUCACCAAGAUGGAGGAGAAUUCUUGGAAUUUUCUGGAUAGAUCACAUCGUAAAUCGAGAAAUUGUCAUCGUCUAUUGUGCAAAUUUUCAAUUCUAAUAGAUGGCGAUCAAAAUUUCUCGAUAUUCAGUUAAACCUCUAAAGAGUUUGGAUAAGCAUAAGUGAUUUAGGAUAUAAAACUAUAAAGUAGCUGUAACAGGAAUCAAAUGAACACGGAAAAUUAUAUAAUCGAAAAGCUUUAGUUAAAAUUUGUUACUUAAAUACUUGAAACAUUUGAUUAUGUAUGUCUUAAAUCUUAUUUUCGAAUUGAUAAAACUUAUCGUCUCAAUUUUUGUGAUCGUAUUAGCAUUCUCCUAAAUGAUCAUCAGACAUUUAUUUAAUAGAAAAUAGAUUUCUUAGAGUCAACAUGUACAGGGGUUGGUACAUUACCUGCUUAUAGCAUUCAGGAACAGUUAAGUUAAUAAAAAAAAUGUAGGGUAUGUUCGAAACUACAAUAUUAUCUAUGGUAGUGUCUAAGGAAGGGUCAGAAUAAUAUCCGAGUAUGCUUCACAUGAAAAGAUUGAAUGAAUAAACUCUCAGUAGGACACAAAACGAAUGAGAAAUAAUAGUGAAGUUAAAAAAAUAACAUAAUGGAAGCCCUUAGGAACCAGGCCGAAAGGAAGACCAAGAAGACAAUGAGAAAGUCAAGUUAUAAGUGAUCUGAGCAUAAUGGGAGUCCGCGGAUGGUGGAGUAAUACCCAGGACAGGAAAAAAUGGAGAAAAAUAGCGGAAAAAUCCAAAAUGUGCAAUGAACUUUGGUUUGAAAAAGAAAAAUGCUUAGAAUGUGGAUUGAGCCACAAUAAGAAAUCAGUGAAUCAGUACUAAAGCGAUAAAAAAAUCUGUAAUUGAGUCUAAUCAAUAUCAUUGUAAUUCGAUAAUAAGAUUUAAUAAAGGCGUAAUCAAAUUUUCAAGUUAUUUCACUAAUAAAUUUUGUCUAGGACUUUGUUUCCGUAGUAGGUAUUUCGCUUUCGAACUAUUCCUGCAGCCGAUAGUUUCAACUCCACAAAAUCGAACAUAAUGCUAACAAUUGCACAAUAAAAUAUUUAAAAAAAAAGAUGCAAUUAUUUGUAUUAGAUAAAUAACUAACAAAUAUUGACAUCCGUAGAAAUGACAGUCGUUUAAAAUAACGAUGACUAAUUAAAUUCACAUUUUACAUCAUUAGAACAAUUAUUGAUGAUUCUAUAUUAUCAAUACACCAUUAAUUUGGUUGGAAUAACAACUUUCAAAGAAUAGAUGUAAAAUUCUAUGACAUCUCGAUUAGUCCGAUAGUCAUUUAAUUGAAGCUAAUUUUGUUAUUUUUAAAACAAUUUCUUGUGUUUCUUGAUGAAGAAAAAAUACUGUACAAGCUCAGCAAUGGCUUCAAAAGUCUGCUCCAACGAAAAGAACAGUCACAGUCGAUUAAAAACAACAUAGUGUUGAUAAUUCAGAGCAAGGUUUUUGCAACGAUAUGUGUCAGUGGAUGAAACAUGGAUCCAUCACUUCACUUCGGAAUCAAAACGAUCAUCAAUUGAAUGGUCUGCAGCCGGUGAACCACGUCCGGAGUGUCUAAAGGCACAACAGACAGCUGGGAAAGUUAUGGUACUAUAAAGGAAGUAACAAUCAAUAGCGAAUACUACAUAGAAUUGUUGGAUCGAUUGGAUUGAAUUGAACGAAUUGCUUCCUCAUCCAUUGUAUAGUCCAGAUCUGGCCCCAAAAAAUGCUCGCGCGUAAAAAAUUCACCUCAAAUGAAUAGGAAGAAGCUUAUUUUGAGGCAAAAGUCAAAUCCUUCUACCAUCAUGGCAUCGAGAAGUUAGAGAAGCGUUGGAAUGAUUGUAUUGCUCUUGAAGGAGAUUACAUUGAUGAAUAAAAUCGAUGUUUGGCAAAAAAUUUUUUUCUUAGUUAGUCACACGGCUUAUCGAGUGAUGUGUUAUUUAUCUGUACUUAUAUUAAUUAUAAAUGACCAACUUCACUUUUACGUUUAAAAUAAUUAAUUACACCUAUUGGGAGAAAAGAGUUUGUGAUUGUUGUUUACAAAACACUAAUUUUUGAAUAAUAAUUCGACCCGAGGAAAUUUGAAUUAACAACGAUUUUGAUAGUCAGAAAUGAGUUUCUUUGUAUGCCAUUAUUGUUCAUUGUGAAAGGUCUUUAAGUAAAACUAAUUCAUAUAUAUUAUACAUAUCAAGUGCUAACUAACUUAAUUUAAGCCUCAAUAUAUUUCACGUGAAAAUUAUAGUGCUUCUACUUCAAUUAAUGCAAUGAGCUUUUUGGACGAAGUAGAAUGAACAAUUUUGAAACAAACAACGAAGAAACAGAAAAGAAGAAUGUCAAAUAUUACCAAUGAACAUUUUUAAUAUUCAAUGAAAUGAAGAUAUAACGCAACGACGUCGUUAUUUUGCACGCGUUUUAUAAUAUUCCGUUGCAAAUUCAUGAUCGCGCUUAUGCACUUGAGUUGCAUUUUCGUGACCUUGUAUUUUAAAAAUACAUUUCACCUAGGAAUAGAUCAGUGAUACGAAAUAGUUGCAAUUUACAUGAACGUACUUUUCAGAUAAAGUGAUAAGGUGAUUUCGAGUUGGAUUCUAAAAGAUCCACUAUAGUUUUUGUGUGCGAUAAACCGAAUUCGUUGAAAUAGUUGAAAGUGUAAAAUAGAAUAAAUGUGCAGGAAGUUAUAUAAUUUAUUUUGAUAUUGAAUUGUAGUUUAUGGGAUCUAAAUAUGGCCAUGAAGACAAUCUUAUCUACAAGAUGAAUUAUCUCUAAUAGUUUGAAUAAAAUCGUAAUUUUUACAAAGUAUUAGUGACAAAUCAAGUGACAAAUUAGUGAAUAUAUUAAUCCAAUCCCUGUUUAGAGAAAGUUCACGUAUCUAAAAAGAAGGUUGGACUAUACCAGAGAUGGUUGGUUACUACAGCGAAGCCACUCUACCUAUAACUCAAAUUCGAACGUCCAACGAAGAACCCCUCUCCGUGAAAAAACUCGUCUGCAGUCCGGAUCUAACGAUCUCCACUGACUUUGUCAAUAAAUCAACUGAUUCUGAAGCCAUCCAGUGUCAAAUUUGCAACAAGAUGUACACUUCAAAAGUAGCGUUUACAAAUCACGCCCGUACGCAUGCCAAAGAAACUGAAGAUCCUUACAGGUGUAACAUUUGUUCCAAAACUUUUGCGGUACCUGCAAGACUGACGCGUCAUUACAGAACACACACAGGCGAAAAGCCUUUUAGAUGUGAGUUCUGCAACAAACCAUUUAGCGUAAAAGAAAAUCUCUCGGUGCAUCGAAGAAUCCAUACGAAGGAACGUCCAUAUAAAUGCGAAGUUUGUUCUAGAGCCUUCGAACAUUCUGGAAAAUUGCAUCGACAUAUGCGCAUCCAUACUGGAGAACGACCUCACAAGUGCUCCGUGUGCGCAAAAACUUUCAUACAAUCCGGCCAACUAGUCAUCCACAUGCGCACGCACACCGGAGAGAAGCCUUACGUUUGUACGGUUUGUCAAAAAGGCUUCACGUGUAGUAAACAAUUGAAAGUACAUUCCAGAACGCAUACAGGCGAAAAACCGUACAGUUGUGAAAUAUGUGGAAAGAGUUUUGGAUACAACCAUGUCCUCAAGUUACAUCAGGUUGCCCAUUACGGUGAAAAGGUCUACAAAUGUACCAUAUGCAACGACACUUUCAAUUCAAAGAAAAAUAUGGAGGCUCACAUCAAAAGCCAUUCAGAAAGUAUACCGCAACAGCCCCCAACUCCACCAGCGUCCUCUACUUCUGAAUCGUCUUGCUCAAGUGGUAGCGACAUGGAAAUACCGAAAGCAGCAUCUCCAUUACCUCUUGUUCAAGAGCCUACCGUUAACUAUGACUCGGAUCUUCAUUACAUAGUUUACGCAAGAGACCGAGUGUCACCUAAUGGAUACCCAACGAAUUACAAUGUGCCUACAACUGGUGUUGAUCUUCUAGCAGCUGCGGCAACCGUUACUGAAAGAGAAGAAGUCUACCGUAACACUCAAGAUAUGGUUUUCAAUUUGAUAAAAGCCAAUCCGGCGACUUUACGACAUCCGGCUUAUUUCACGUCUCCCACUGUUCAGUAUACGCCUCUCACGGCCGGCGAUGGAUUGAGAAGAAGAGUCGAAGCCGUUUUAGCCGUCGAAGAAAAUCAUUCCGAAGAAGAUCCUAUUAUUACACCGCCCAGUUCAAAUCCCGUAUCUCCGGCAUCUUCUUUAUCACCUCCCGUUUCACCCGUACCGGAACCCGAUCCAGAGCUGAGCUUACCUCCUAGGAAAAGAUCUAAAAUGAUCCUCAAAUCGAUGGAAUCUAGUGCAGAUUUAUCGCCGGUGAGAUAUAAUUCAGUGAUUCAGUAUGCCAGAGCGUCAUAACUUAAUUUCUAAACAGAUCUAUCACAUUUGGAUUUAUUUCCAGAAAGACAGUUUUGGUUUUGAGUAUAAUUAUAUAAUUUUGUUUUUAUUGUAUUACAAUAAAAUCAAAUAUUCACGUUUCCAUACCAUAGAAUAUAACUUGACGUGACUGAUGUGUUGCUUUUGUUUUAUUCUAAAUCUCUAGAAAAUCAGUGGCUCCAUGUAUUGUUUGGAAAUAGUUAAAAAUGGAUACAAUAUUAUCUAUAUCCAUUAUAAAUUGGAAACAGUUUUAUUUUCAUUCUUCAAAAUAAUAAUAAACAUGAUGGAUUUAGUAGUUCCAUCCUUCAAAGAUAGUAAAUUUAACCCUAUGCACUCCAGUCUAUUAACUCAUUGACGAUACCAAUAAUUCCAGUACUAUAUUAGUUACAAAUACGUACGUAUGAUGUAGAAGAAAAAUGGAGUCGUUGUAAUGAACAAAAUAUUUAUUUCUUAGCUAUUUUAUUAAGAAACAUUUUCCAACUAGUUGUCUAAAAGAAAAACAUAGAUUUUUGCACUUAAAAUUUCUCAGUGUGAUAUCUUUCGAAACAAUUCUUUGUAUUUUUCCUGACAAUUUCUGUUCUUUCCUUUUCGCAAUAUGUGCAAUCUUUUAUCCAGUCUUGUUUCAUGUGUGAAGUGGAAAGUCUCGGUCUACCUUCGCAAAUACGGCGAUAACGGAAUGCAAACGGUAAUAAAUACAGAGCUUAAAGGGUCAAAAAAUUACGAAAAUUGUUAAAAUUCUAAAAUAGUUUUUUUCCGAAUGUGGCGACGUAUAUAUUUUUUUCGUUACAAACGCUAUCACUGGAAAAAUAUUCAAUUUUUCGUGGUAGUAGUCUCACAAUAAUAUAUUACAUAGCUAGUUUGGAAAGUGAUAUAUUUCGCACUAGUUACUGUAAAGAGUGGAAAUUUACUUUCCAACGAAUCGUGUACACUAUUUUUCCUACGACCACGUGAAAAAUUCUUCAAAAAACGUAUCUUUUAAAUAAGAAGGUCAAAAUAUUUUUUAUUUUGUAAUAGUAGAGAUGACAAAAACGAAAAGAAUGAUUAUGAAAUAUUUUAUAACUAAAGAACAGAAAACGAUUAAUAAUUAAUAUUAUAGCCUACUUAAUAUAAUUUUUAAAUUUUUAACUUACUUGUUAGUAAAAUCAAGACAGUCAUGAAGAAUGUUUUCCAUCAUUAUUGAAAAACAAAAUUUUCAUUCAACUACUUUAUACAUUACCCAGUAAUAGUAAUGUAACACUUAAUGUUAACGUUUAAAUUAUCUUGCAGACACUAGUAUUUGAACACAAAUCACAACAAACUUUCAAUUUUUAUUGUAAAUAAAUUAAUAUGACUCCAAAAAAUCUAUUGUCUACUUCUUCAGGCUUAUAAAUUUGGUCUUUUGCCUUUCGGCACCCAGCCAGAUUCAUAUUGUAAUCGCGUAUUCCCUCUAUCGUUCGAGACCAUUUAUAACAUAAGAAAAAGAAGCAUUUCAAUACAUGUAUGUUUUGUUAUUUUUUAGUGCACGUGUGAAAUAAGCUACUUUCUUACUAAUAAUGAGUGUGCAAUCUAUCAUUUUCAUAAGUGGUCGCAGGAAAAUCACAUUAUAAACAAACUACAUAUUUUUACUACAAAACCAUGAUUGUUUUUCUGGGAGAUACUGAAAUUUAUUUAAUAUUGAUUCGUACAUACUAUUUAGCUUUACAUAAUUUUCUUAUGUGAAUAGAGAUAUGGUGACUUUUGUUUUUCUGUGAUAAGACUUAAAUGGACCCUACCUCAUGGCAGUGCCUAGCCUUUAUGCAAUAUUAUAUGUAUAAUUAUUUCUUUUUGGCAGAGAAGUCGUUGUAAUGUCUCGGUCUUGUAUAAUUGUUUAAUGUUUUAUUAACUAUUUGUUCUGUUAUCAUCGAUAAGAUAGCGGAUUUUUUUAUGUUAAUUUUUAUAAUCUAAUAAUGUAAAUGUGUACUGUACUGUAAGUCUUAAGUCUGAACCAGUGAUUUCUCUAAUAGAAAUCUUGGUAAUUUAUAAAUUAUUAUAUUCCCUAUCUGGAGUGUAGUUGUAAACAAUUCACAAUAAAUAAAAAUGUAUUAUUGAA